AAUUUAAUUUCUGAAGAAGUUACACUAACAUACUUCGACCCAGAGAAAGAGACAGUACUGCAAGUUGACGCAUCAACAAAAGGCCUGGGAGCUACACUCUUGCAAGAAGACAAGCCAGUCGCCUUUGCCAGUAAAGCUUUAACUGACGUAGAAUCACGAUACGCAAACAUCGAAAGAGAACUCUUAGCAGUUGUAUACGGAUGCGAGAAAUUCCACACUUAUCUCUACGGCCGCAGUUUUACAGUCCAAUCUGAUCAUAAACCCCUUGAAUCUAUCCACCUUAAGCACCUUACAUCAGCCCCACCCCGCCUGCAACGGAUGUUGUUGCGCCUACAGCCGUACAGCCUUACAAUCAAGUACCGUCAAGGAGCAGAUAUGGAAAUCGCAGAUGCCCUAUCAAGACUUUCGCCCCAGGAAACAGAGCCCAUCUCUGACGUCCAAAUACACGAAAUCUGUCCACAAUUUAGUAGUGGGAUUCUGCAGGAGAUCCGCGUGGCAAGUGCAACAGAUACGGAGCUUAAAGAAUUAAAUGAUGUGGUUUACAAUGGAUGGCCAACGAACAUAAAGCAGGUUCCAGAAAUCCUCAAACCCUAUUGGACCUUUCGUGAUGAGAUCACCACCGAAGAUGGUAUAGCAAUGAAAGGCCAACGUAUUAUCAUCCCCCAUAGUAUGCAGAGCAUGAUACUUACGAAGCUUCACGCAGGUCGUCAAGGGUCCGAAAAAACUAAAUUAAGAGCACGAACAUCGGUUUACUGGAGAGGAAUGAACAGUGACAUUGAGAAGUCGUGCAAAUCGUGCAAUACAUGUCAAGAAAUGCAGAACAGUCAACCCAAAGAGCCACUUAUCCAGACAGAGGUACCGCCAGGUCCAUGGCAUACCAUCGGCACGGACUUAUUCUACCUAGACGGAGCGGAAUACUUAUUGGUCGCUGACUACUACUCAAAAUACCAGUUCGUGCGAGAGGUACCAAAAGGGAAGAGCAGCAGUAGGACAAUCGCGAAUUUAACGAAAGAAAUUUUCAGCGAACAAGGAGUACCCAAAAUCGUAAGAUCCGAUAAUGGGCCCCAUUUUGAAGGACAAGCAUAUAAAGAGUUCGCAAAGCAAUAUAAUUUCCAACAUACCACAAGCUCACCACACUACCCCAGAAGCAAUGGGUUUAUUGAGAGCCAAGUCAAGACUACGAAAAAGACAAUGAAAAAAGCAAGAGCAACCAAUACAGACCCACUCAUGGCUUUGUUAUGCUUACGGGCAACUCCAAUCAACAGCACUCUUCCAUCCCCAGCUGAGCUCUUAUUUGGUAGACCAAUCCAAGACAACCUGCCAAAGAAAAUACCGAAAGGAAAAACAACUGAGGAGGUGACUAGCAGAUUAUUACAGCGGCAAGCUACGCAGAAAUACUACCAUGACAGAAAUACAAAACCGCUCCAACCAUUAAAACCUGGUCAAAGCAUAAACAUCCAAGACCCAAGGACACAAACCUGGAAACCCGCAGAGAUAAAAGAGAAAAUUCAAGAAGUACCCCGAUCUUACAUUAUCACGAAACCAGGAGGAGGAGAAAUCAGACGAAAUCGAACACAGAUACGAGAACGCCCACAAGAUCCAAUGGAACAAGCAUAUCAACAACCCUGUGAGAAAACACUAGACAACCCCGAAACCCCGUUCCCUAAGAGCACCCAAGAAAGCCACCAAUACACAACGCGUAGCGGCAGAAUAGUAGUACCCCCAACACGUUUAGAUAUGUAG